AUGGCGUCUUCAGAUGUCCACGUCCGAAUAUGUGAGCAAGAAAUACUCAAAUAUGACUUGGAAAUCAAAGCUCUCAUCCAGGACAUUACUGAGUGCACAGGCCCUCAAAGCAAGCUGACGGAGCUGAACGCAGAUGUGAAAAAGAGUUUCCACAAUCUCAGAUUGCGGAUUCAGGACUUUGAGCAGAUGGCUCUGGAGCAGGACAAAGAGUCAGAGAAGCAAGCUAUGAUGGUUCAGGUUCAGGGCCACAGAAAACAGAUGCUGAGUAACCAGACAGUUUGGAGGAAAGCCAACCUGGCCAGCAAACUGUCCAUAGACAACAUGGAGAAGCAGGCACUUCUUAAUGGAGCAGAUAGUGCUGUGAGGCAGAGGAAGAUGACCAAAGAGGGCCUGGCUCAGACAACCAGUGACAUUACAGAGAAUCUUAUGAGCAUCAGCCGGAUGAUGGCGCAGCAGGUUCAGCAGAGCGAGGAGACCAUGACGUCACUGGCAACCUCCUCAAGGACAAUCCAAGAGACCAAUGACGAGUUCAAGACCAUGACGGGGACCAUCCAGCUCGGGAGAAAACUGAUCACCAAGUACAACCGCAGAGAGCUCACCGACAAACUGCUCAUCUUCCUGGCACUCGCCCUCUUCCUCGCCACAGUUCUCUACAUCCUCAAGAAGAGACUGUUCCCCUUCCUGUAGACCAGGUACCUUUAUUCGAGGAGCUCUCCCUUUCCCGCAUACAGUGCUUUCCACGGUCAGCGCAAAUGAUUUAAACAAGUCUGAACGCCUUGUGUCGUAUUACACACACAUCACAUUCGAGUAUCUGCUCAGUGGAAUGUGGACCACUCACUCUGCUUAAGUGACGCGCUGCAGAGAGGGAAAACUGUCCACAAAGAGGAAGAUAAACCUGCAGACCUGUAGUUCUGUGUCAUAAAUACGAGGCACAACACGUGCACAAAAUACAGUACUGUGUGUUACUUUUAAUCAGAUCAGUUGUGAGAGAAGGUGGAAAACUAUUAUAAUCUUGUCUUUUAUACAUUCCUGUGGAAGAUGUCCAAUGCUAUGUACUGUGUUUGUGUGUGUGUGAGAGAGAGAGAGUGUGUGUGUGUGUGUGUGUGUGUGUGUGUGUGUGUGUGUUUGUGUUUAAAUUGGGGUUUCUCAAUUUCAAUUCUAAAUCAAAAAUCAAUCAAAAGCAUUCACUUUCAAUGAGCGAAAAUGAAUUGGCAGGAAACUCAAAUUGCUGAUGAUGAUGAAAUAUUGUUAUGACAUUAGAAGUAAAUUAUUUAAAUUGGACCUCAUGGCCUUGAGGCCCCUACACACCAAACUGACAUCAAAGAAGUAGCUGCUACAACGCCCGACUGUUGCGUUGCCUCAUGUCUACUUUAGCUCGGAUAAAAAGCUGCACUUGAACGCACUGGAAAGACUCCAGCUUGUACAUUCUGCACCUAUUUUAAAAGAAAUACUACUCUGCAGAUAUAAACAUGCUGUUAUGAUCAAGAAACAUUCUUUAACACCACCCUGGCUAAUUUAGUCGCUUCUGAUCAAGAAUGCAACUGAUUUAAAGAUGCAGAAGGCACAGGCAGUGAGGCAGCGGGGGGAAAAAAGGAGAAACUGCACGAAAAUGGGUGAAGUCAUGGAUAACACAGUGACAGGCUCAAGGGGCUUCGCCUUUCUUUUUUCCAUGUCUCUUUUCUGCACUGAUUUGCUUACCUGAACAGCCAGUCGAGGUGAUUUUUCUCACAGACGAUUCUACAGUGCAUGCUGAAUCAGCCAAAAGGCCUCCGACAAGGGCCGUCCGGUGCCAGCAGUGCGGAACACACUGCACUGUCUGUCCUGACAAUGCCAAACAUUGAAUUGAAUCGUAGCCUUAUAAUGGAAAACUAAAUUCAAUUGUGGAUCUUUUAGAAUCUUGACGCUCCAAAAAUAAACACAUAGUCUCACAGAUUUAGAAGAUAAAGGAAAUAAUUCUCAGACACUUAAAAUAGCGGCUCUCAGUUUGUUUUAGAUGUGGCUGUGAAUGCAGAUAAGUGUGAGUGCUGACAGCAGUAAAACUCAUGUUCAUGUGUGACAGAACGGGCUCCUGGAGACAGAAAGAAUAAAGGAAAGGAAAAUGACAUACGAUAACAUUUUAAGGUAAAAAAAACAAAACAAGUGCACUUUUCAUGUCAGUUUAACAGGCUUUUAUUGGCAUGCAUGUCCUUAAAGAAAUAUAGUGGUAUACAUUCUACCAAUUACUAUUAUUCAAUAGUAAGAUCAAAGUCUAAUAUGUAUGUAGGAACAAUAUUAGGACAUUAAAAAACAAACACGUCUGUCUGCAGAUGUUCCUCAAUAACUGGUGUUUUAACCAUAACAUCAUAAAGUCACAAAGACUUAGCACACAUUUUGUGUUAUUGUUAUUUAUAAUCAUGUACUGUAUAAUUAGUAUAAGGUUUAAUUUAUUAUGGCCUAAUAAUGACUGAAUGUCUCUUUAUGGGAAAGUAGAAUAGAAAUGGAUUUUAACGUGGUUACAAGCUGGCUGCAGUCACUCGGCUUGUGCUUCCCUAGCUGGAAAAUCCGAACGUUGCUCCUGCUUGUACAUGUGCACUUCACGUAUGUUUUAUUCAGUCGGCAAAGCAAAAGAAAACCUUCCUCAAGGGAAGAGUCUGCACACUUCCCCUCCGUCUCUGCCCGUGUUCGCUCGGCUCCGGUCUGCAGCGGAGCAGAAAAGCUUCAGGAAAGCGGUGGCAGCGAUCACACUGGCAGAGAUAGAGCAGCAUGCAUCCCUGCCUUUCUUCAGAUAAGACCCGGAAAAGCAGAUUAUUCCGACCCGUUUCCCUCUCCCUCUCCAGUGUGGGUGGAGGGUGAGGGGGGAUAUUUUUAGGUUUGUGUGGCGCUGUUAUCUGACGUUGCCUUUUCAACACCUCGGAGGAGAGGGUGGCCAGAGGAGCUAUAUGACCUUGCUACCCUUUUCCGCAAUUGCCUGGCAUUGCCAUUUUGUCAAAUAUAUGUAACUGUCUAUUGAUCAUCAAUAAACACAAAACCUUCCGGCUUCA